AAAUCUUGAAUAUACAUCAUUUCCCAAAAUCCCCUCCAGAAUCUGUUAUUUAUUCGUUCCCUCUCCACCUCCCAGCUACUCAGAAACACAUUCCAGUUGUGACUUGUGAGUGGGAGAGAGGGGAGAAGCCUUUUAAGCAUGAGAAGCAUUAAUUCCCAUCAAGUCGUUCUCUUCCUGUUCUGUCCUGACCAUUCUCUUUGCUCUUGCCUUUCGCUGCCAAGCUGCUGCUGCUGCUUCUUUUUUUAAUCUAGUUGAACAGAAAGAGAGCAUAAACUUGUAACAGCUUAAUUUGGUUACCAUCUAGCCAAAGAGUCAUAUGACAUGCUGUAAGGCUAGCAAAAACUCUUACCAAAAACUUACAUUUCAUUCUAGCUUUUCCAUUGUUGCAAAAAAUGUUGCCAGUCUUUGAUCCAAAUGAUAAUGAAGCUGGCUUAAAGCUCUUGGAGGACCUGACCAACAAUGCAUGCCAAAUACAACAACAGGUAUUGGAGGAAAUCCUCGCCACCAAUUUACAUACAGAGUAUCUUAAAAGCUUUCUCAAUGGUGAUUCUGGUAAGGAAAACUUCAAGAAUAAAGUUCCCAUUGUGAAUUACGAGGAUAUCAAGCCUUGUAUCGAGCGAAUUGCCAACGGAGAGCCUUCAUCUAUCAUUUCAACUCAACCAAUUACUGAGCUCCUCACAAGCUCUGGUACUUCUGGAGGACAGCCAAAAAUUAUGCCUUCGACUGCUGAAGAACUGGAAAGGAAGACGUUCUUUUAUAACCUCCUUGUGCCUGUAAUGAACAAGUAUGUUGAUGGCUUGGACCAGGGUAAAGCAAUGUAUCUUUUGUUUAUCAAACCCGAAAUUAGCACCCCUUCUGGCUUGAUGGCAAGACCUGUCCUAACCAGCUACUAUAAGAGCAACAACUUCAGAAACCGGGCUUUUAACCGUUAUAAUGUUUAUACAAGCCCUGAUGAGACCAUCUUAUGUUCUGAUAGCAAACAGAGCAUGUACUGUCAAUUGCUAUGUGGUUUAGUACAGCGGGAUGAGGUUUUAAGAGUAGGUGCAAUAUUUGCAUCAGCUUUCCUGCGUGCUAUCAAGUUUUUGGAGGAAUAUUUGAAAGAAUUAUGUUCCAACAUAAGAACAGGUAGUGUAAGUGAUUGGAUUACUGACCCUAAUUGCAGAAAUGCGGUAUUGUCAAUUCUGAGCAAACCCAAUUCAGAAUUGGCUGAUUUAAUCGAGGAUGAAUGUAGUGGGAAAUCUUGGGAAGGAAUAAUCAAGAAGCUUUGGCCGAGAACAAAGUACAUUGAAGUUAUUGUUACAGGUUCUAUGGCCCAAUACAUCCCAACCCUUGAAUUCUAUAGCGGUGGGCUUCCGUUAGUUUCAACAAUGUAUGGCUCUUCUGAAUGUUAUUUGGGAAUCAACUUUAAACCACUGAGCAACCCUUAUGAUGUCUCUUACACCCUCCUUCCAAAUAUGGCCUACUUUGAAUUCUUGCCUGUUGAUAAUAACCACAAAGAAGUGGUACCGGACGUCCAGUGCAACGGUGUUAGUGUUACAGAUCGGAAUGGCAAGGAAAAGGUUGAAGCUGUUGAUCUUGUGGAUGUCAAACUUGGUCACUACUAUGAACUGAUUGUCACCACUUUUACAGGAUUGUAUAGAUAUAGAGUUGGAGACAUUCUCAUGGUGACCGGCUUCUACAAUAAUGCUCCUCAAUUUCGUUUUGUGCACCGGCGAAAUGUGGUUUUAAGCAUUGAUACUGACAAGACCAAUGAAGAAGACCUCUUAAAGGCAGUGACACAAGCGAAAGUCCUCCUUGAGCCACUCGGUUUCCUUCUAACUGAGUACACUAGCUUCGCUGACACUGCCUCAAUCCCAGGUCAUUAUGUACUAUUUUGGGAACUUAAAAUGAGAGGAACUAAUGAUCUGCCAGAGCUUGAUCCAGUUAUAAUGGAGCAAUGCUGCUCCAUUGUUGAAGAAUCACUCGAUUCUGUUUAUAGGAGGUGUAGGAAGAAAGACAAAUCAAUUGGACCCUUGGAAGUAAGGGUGGUGACACAUGGAACGUUUGAUGCGCUCAUGGAUUUUUGUGUAUCUCAAGGGUCUUCAGUUAAUCAGUACAAGACACCCAGAUGCAUCAAAUCCGAGGAGGCCUUAAAGAUUUUAGAUUCCAGGGUGGUGGGAAGAUUUUCCAGCAACAAAACUCCUUUCUGGGAGCCAUUCAGAAUUGAAACCUAAUGAAUAGCUAGCUGUUCAUAGUCUGUGGCACACUCUUGGGGGAUUAUCUUCGCGUCCUCUACAUUUUGAUUUCUAGUCUGGUUUGUCCUGUCCUUUUCCUUCUAUGUAUGCUGAAUUUGUUUUGAAAUUAGACUAUUUAGCCAACCAUGUCUUUAAUUAAUUGUCAAAAUUUAAACUA